UAUUAGUGUGUUUUGUGUAGUCAAAGAGCAUUUUGUUCUGUUAUAUUCAUGUUAUGUGUGUUUUUUGUUUAACAAUCCUUUUUUCGUAGUAUUUUAAGAAAAUAUUUCGGAUGCGUCAUAUUCGUAACAACGAAGUGAAGCUAUGUAAUAUACAUCGAAGCAGUUAAAUAUAUCGGAGCAGCAUAAUUCAAAUAAUUUCCAGUGGUAUGCACGGGCUACAGAAAAAAACGAAAACAAAUGAAAAAAUAAAAUUCUGCCGUGGAAAUCUUUAUGGACCAACAAUAAAAUUAAGGGUUUCGAGGGUGGAGAGACUAACUCGUGGCGACAAUUCGCAAAGGAGAAAAGAAGAGGGAAAGGAGGACGAGGAGAAGAAAAGAUGGUUUCCUCGGCGAUCUUCGGCGCGGCAGCUGGUACCGGUUUGGCCUUGGUCGUCGCGAUGACCAUAGUGGUGUAUCGUUAUUACGCUGUGAAACGAAAAGGAAAAUAUUGGAGCAGUCUGGAUCGUUGGCCGGAUCCACCGGGCACGAAGAAGGGGGAGGGACGACAGGAACAAUGCUCGGAGCAUUGUCAUGAUUCUUCCUCCUCGCAUGUGCUCAAUUGCUGGCGGAAGCAACAGAAGAAUUAUUACGCUGUCCAGUCCAGGGAAUUUAACGUCGCCAAGGAGCAGCAUGCGGUGCAGCCAUGUUCCUCCGUGGUUGUCGAAUCAGGAAGUUUACCACAUCAAAGUCGAAGCUAUCCAGGUGGUACCAGUGGAUCUGGAAGCAUGGGACGAUUGUUUACAAGGAAUUCAUCGGUGAGCUCGCAGAGCUCGUUAGAAGGACCAUCUGGACCAUCUGGACCAUCUGGACCAUCUGGACCUUCUGGAUCAUCUGGACCUUCUGGAUCAUCUGGAUCAUCUGGACCUUCUGGACCAUCUUCCAGCCACCGUAGUACCACUACAACGCAGAUUCGAUCAUGUGGACUUGAUGGACGAUAUCAUCAUCGCCCCGAUCCCUUGCAUGCUGCUUCGUCUUAUCCACCGAGCAGAAGUUCGAGAUCGCCAUCACCUGGUCGUACCGCAUCACUAGAUGCACGCUGUGGAAGUCCAGCCAGUUGUUCCGGAAGUCUUGUGAGCAGUAAUGCAUCACCAUCUCAGAGCUCUCUGUCGUCUUUGGCAACAGGUGUGAGCUCUUCUUGUGGUGGUUCCUCGAUAAACGUUACCCACGGAGCUUCCAGAUCAGCUGGCCGAAGUCUUUCACCCCUUCUUAUUCCACCAUCACGCAUUAUCGGAAGUGACGGUGGACCACCUCCUCCAGCUUCACCAUUGGGUUCUAUACAACCUGAUCUCUACCAACGAAGAGAUGGCCCUAUUUAUCUCAAAGCUCGAGGAAAUGGAAAGAGUUUAGGCCGACUGCAUUUGCGAUUCAAAUACGACUUCGAUCGAUCAGAUUUGCAUGUACACCUAAUCGAAGCGCACGAUCUGGCUGGAAGUGAUCAAGGAGGAUUCAACGAUCCUUACGUGAAAUUGAUGCUCAAUCCUGAAGUAGAUUCGAGGAAACGACAAACACAGAUAUACCGUAACGAAUCGAAUCCGUUCUUCGAUCAACAAUUCAAAUUCCCUGUCAGUAACGACGAACUUCAGGACAGGACUUUAGUUUUACAGGUGCUCGAUUACGAUCGUUUCUCUAGAAACGAUAUAGUCGGAUCUGUAAAAGUACCACUACAUAUUUUACGAUUGGAUUCACCUACCUCGACCGAAGAAGUUUGGGGAGAGAUUGAACGCGAACGAAAGCCACCUGAACAAAUUCAAGAAGUUCUAUUAUCCCUUUCUUAUCUUCCAAGCGCCGAACGAUUAACAGUUCAAAUUUUGAAAGCGAGAAAUCUAUUUCCACCGCAGGACAAAGAAACUUUAGAUUCGUUCGUGAAAGUAAAUCUUCUUUGCGGCGAAAAGAGAGUGAAAAAAAAGAAAACCGCUGUAAGAAAAGCUACGACAAGUCCCGUUUGGAACGAGGCGAUGUCUUUUAAUGUUCCUGCCAACUAUCUCGCAUCAUCAGCUAUCGAGGUAUGUGUGAUGGACUCGAGCAAUGAAUUUAUCGGAGGAAACGUGAUUGUUGGUUCCUGUAUCGUUGGUCCUGCCACAGGAGUCAUUCGUGGAGUGGAAGGAAGUGGAAGUCAAGGAAGAGAACAUUGGCUUCACAUGACUCAAUCGCCAAGGAAAACCAUCGAUAUGUGGCAUACAUUGCAUUAAAAAAAAAAAAAAAAAAAAAAAAAAAAAGAAAAAGAAUUAUUAAUCGAUGUUUUAUUCGUCAUAUAUUGUUUUCCAAAGAAACAAAACCUGAUCAUGUGAAAAUGUUAUGAAUGCAUUUCUUUUUUUUUUUUCUUUUUUUUGUUUCUUUUUUUUGUUGUUUUGUCGGAUUAUAGAAGAAGGAUACAAUUAGACAACAUAAUAUACAUAAUCGGUAUAUGGUAUAUGUGAACAACAAUAGUGUUAUAUAUGUGAAUAUUUUUAUGAAUAUAUUCAAAAUCACUAACAAAUAAAGAAAUCGCGAAAAAACA